AUGAAGAUAAGGGUUAUCGUUCUCUUCCUCUACUACUGUUAUUACAUUGGUUCUACCUCCUCUGUUUCAGCUUCCACCGGCAAUGGCAAAGACCUCUCUGUUCUGCUCUCGGUUAAAUCAACUCUUAUCGAUCCCCUCAACUUUCUCAAAGACUGGAAGCUCCCAGGAAAUAGCGACCAUUGUAGCUGGACCGGUGUUCAGUGCAACUCCCACGGCAAUGUUGAGAAGCUUGACCUGUCGGGAAUGAAUCUCACGGGUAAAAUCUCUGAUUCCAUCAAACAGCUAACAAGCCUCGUCUCUUUCAACGUCUCAUGCAACGGAUUUGAAUCUCUGCUUCCGACAUCGCUCCCUUCGUUGGAAUCUAUAGACAUAAGCCAGAAUGAAUUCUCCGGGAAUCUUUUCGUGUUCGGCAACGAAUCACUUGGACUCGUUCAUCUAAAUGUUUCAGGGAACAAUCUCUCUGGAAACUUAACUGAAGAUCUCGGGAACUUGGUCUCUUUAGAAGUUCUUGAUCUCCGUGGGAAUUUCUUUCAAGGGUCACUUCCACGUUCGUUCAAGAAUCUGCAGAAGCUGAGAUUUUUCGGAUUAUCUGCGAAUAAUCUCACGGGCGAGUUACCUAGAGUUCUCGGCGAGCUCUCUUCACUUGAAACAGCCAUUCUUGGUUACAACGAGUUCAAAGGUCCGAUUCCACCGGAGUUUGGGAACAUGAGCAGCCUCAAGUAUCUUGAUCUAGCCACCGGAGAUCUCAGUGGUCCACUUCCCUCUGAGCUCGGGAAGCUAAAGUCACUCGAGACGCUUCUCUUGUACCAAAACCACUUCACCGGUAAAAUACCGCCAGAGAUCGGUAACAUUACCACUCUCAAGUUUCUCGAUAUCUCACAGAACGCGUUAUCCGGCGAGAUUCCAGUGGAGAUAACAAAGCUGAAGAACCUUCAGCUACUGAACCUGAUGGGCAACAAACUCUCUGGCUCUGUUCCUGCGGAGAUCAGCAAUCUGGCGGAGCUACACACCCUCGAGCUCUGGAACAACACGCUCUCCGGCGAGCUACCAAGCGAUCUCGGGAAGAAUUCUCCCUUAGAGUGGCUUGACGUUUCCACAAACUCCUUCUCCGGCGAGAUCCCUUCCACAUUUCUCUAG